AAUUGUUGAACAAUCCAUGAGAAGCCCUUUGCAGUGAUUGAUUAAUCGUCCUUGUUAUAGUCCUUUCAUUGAAUUUCUGGUGUUCAAUCUAACAGACCCUUCCUGCCCGACUUUCCGGGAUGAACGGGGUCAGACGUAUGCUACUCAAACCCUGGAGACCUGUUCACACUUGGUCUAUGAACAGCCCAAGCGAAACCCUGAAGAGAAAAGUAGCAGAAAAAGAGAAGUUAAGGAGGAAGAAAAGGGACCCUAAGAAGGACGAAAUUUUCAUUGAAACUCCCGAAUCGAAGGCUUUUCUCGACACGAUGACUAUGCCGAUGGUUCUUACUGCUGUGGCUUGCGCGCUGUUCGCCAAGGUUCUCAUGAUGUAUGAUGAAUCGAAAUCCCAAGAAAGGAUUGAGCGCAAAAUACAGAAGGCUCCGCCUGGUCAAGGGACAGUCAGGAUGCUAAGUCGUGAAGAAUGGGAUGAAAUCCAAGAAGUGAGGCCAAGGACUCCUUUUGAAUCCAAGCUUGCUCGCCGAAAUGCACGAAUUAGAACUGAUGAACCAUUGCAUAUGGAUGAUGUCAAGGACUGGACCAUCGAUGUGUUAACAGAUGCACUUACCAGGGUUGAAGAAACUGUGAGGGGUGCAAAGUGACUUUUAAGUUGAUCAUCUUGCAGGAUGGCACUUUCAGAUGAAUGUCGAGAGCCUCAAAUAUUUUAAAGAAGUCCACAAUGCUGUUGCACAAUCUGA